CGGCAUCCUCCUCAGCGCGUUGUGUCCAAAGUUUCUCCAUACAAACUCUACAAGUCACACAUGGCCUUUCAGUGCUGUGGCUGAACUUAUAGAUAAUGCUUAUGAUCCAGAUGUGAAUGCAAAACAGAUGUGGAUUGACAAAACAGUUAUAAACGAUUGUACAUGUUUGACAUUCAUGGACAAUGGAAACGGUAUGAAUGCAGACAAGCUACAUAAGAUGUUGAGCUUUGGAUUUAGUGACAAAGUUAUAAUGAAUGGCCAUGCCCCAGUUGGAUUGUAUGGAAAUGGAUUUAAAUCAGGAUCAAUGCGUCUCGGAAAAGAUGCAAUUGUAUUCACCAAAAAUGAAGAUGGCAUGAGCGUGGGCAUGUUGUCACAGACCUUUUUGAGAGUUACAAAAGCAGAGCAUGUGAUUGUUCCCAUAAUAUCAUUCAACAAGAAACGGCAAGUAAUGAAUCCAGAGGAGUCAGCAGCCAGCUUGGAGGCUAUCCUGAUACACUCCUUGUUUUCUACUGAAAAGGAGCUUCUUGCAGAGCUCGAUGCCAUCAUAGGGAAAAAAGGGACAAGAAUCAUCAUUUGGAACCUUCGAAGAGAGAAAAACGAACAAACAGAAUUUGAUUUUGAAACAGAUAAAUAUGAUAUAAGAAUACCUGCAGAUUUAGAUGAAGUAACGGGAAAAAGAGGUUAUAAAAAGCAAGAGAGACAAGACCAGAUUAUUCCUGAAAGUGACUAUUCAUUACGGGCUUAUUGCAGUAUUUUGUAUUUGAAGCCAAGAAUGCAGAUCAUUAUAAGAGGACAAAAAGUGCAAACACAGUUGGUUUCCAAAAACCUUGCAUAUAUAGAGCGGGAUGUUUAUAGGCCAAAAUUUUUGCAUCCCAAAACUGUGAGAAUUACCUUUGGAUUCAAUUGCCGAAAUAAAGAUCAUUAUGGAAUGAUGAUGUACCACACAAACAGACUAAUUAAAGCUUAUGAAAGAGUUGGUUAUCAACAAAAGGCAAAUAACAUGGGUGUAGGUGUGGUUGGGAUUAUAGAAUGCAACUUCCUAAAGCCAACCCAUAAUAAACAGGAUUUUGAUUAUACGAAGGAAUACAGGCUUACAAUCCAUGCUCUUGGCGAGAAGCUUAAUGAUUACUGGAAUGAGAUGGAAGCAAAGAAAAAAGAUUAUCCUCUGGACGUGCUAGUUGAAGAUAGCCAGAAACGGCCUGAUCAGACCUGGGUUCAAUGUGAUUCAUGUCUAAAAUGGAGGAAGCUUCCAGAUGGAAUAGAUCGCUUGCCAGAAAAGUGGUAUUGUUCAUAUAACCCUGAUCCUCAGUUCAGAAAUUGUAACGUGCCUGAGGAACCUGAAGAUGAUGAUUUAAUACCAUAUGAAAAAACAUUUAAGAAAAAAGACAGGGAGAAAUUUAAGAAAAGACUGGAGAUGACCCAACAGAGGUAUAAUGAAAUGUUUAUGGAAACGUCUUCUGCUUUGUCCAAUAUGCCACCAGCAACAAGUGAAAGUGUUUCAAGAUUGCAUACAGAGGCUUCAAAUAGUUCUUGUACAAGAUCUCUUAGCAUAUCAAAUAAUAUGCCAGUAUCUUCUCCUGAUCCCGAAAGCAGUUUCAAACGAAAGCUUUCUGACCCUGUGGCACAGCUACCUUAUAAAAUCACUCGGCUGAAUAGUCACACAUUUGAGCAUAACAAGGAUGAUCCUGAUGAUGAUGUUAUCAUCUUGGAAGAGAACAGUACUCCAAAGCCUUCAGGAACAGAUUGUGAUAUCACAAUAGUAAAAGUUGAGGGUGGUGUUGUGGAUCAUAUUAUGGAUCAUAUUGAUCUUCAGGAAGAAAGCUCCAAGAACAAUGAUGCUAGUUCAGAAGCUAAAUGUUCUAAAGGAAACGCAGCAACACAAACUGAAAAGGAGCAACUUGUGGUUAAGAAGGAAGAAAUUGACAAUACGAAUGAUCAGCUAUCUAGAUCAGAAUCUAAACUAACUCUGUUAGAACCUGCUAAUGUUUUGGAGAGUGCUCCUAUUGAUGCUGACUACAAAAUAAAUGAACUAUCAAUUAAGCUGCAGUUAGCAAAUGAAGAAAAAGAAAAAUACCAGCAGCAGUGUGAUACAUUGUUCAAGCAGGUACAGACAGUAGAGCAGAAAAUAAUCAAAAUGAAUGAUAAAAGUGUGAAAAAAGAAAUGUGCCAUCAGUCAACAGAAACAGAAACUGUGCUACCAAGUGAACUAGAAAAAAUUAAAGGGAAAAGUCCAGAAGAGAUACUGCUUCUCUAUGAACAGGCAUUACAAGAGAUGAGGAGGCUAAAGGAACAGUGUGACACUCUCCAGAGUUUAAAAUCCGAGCAUUGCAAAUGUAGUAAUAAUGAGAAUAAUAGUGAAGUAGAUGAUAUGGCUGUGCAACUUGAUGACGUUUUCAGACAACUGCAUAAAUGCACUAUUGAAAGAGACCAAUAUAAAAGUGAGAUUGAAUUACUAGAAAUGGAAAAAACUCAGCUAGGCUUUCAGUGUGAUGAGCUUAAAGCAGAAAUUGCACAACUAAAAGCUUCAGUACCACAUGCAAAUGACUCCAUAGCCGGUAAUCUUGAAGAUCCUGUAAAUUACUCUGAUGGGGAAAGCCUGAAACUGAGAUCCCUUCGAGUUAAUGUGGGACAACUACUGGCAACCAUAAUGCCUGAUCUUGAUCUACAACAAAUGAAUUACAACGUUGAUGUGGUCGAUGAAAUUCUAGGACAAGUUGUAGAGCAUAUGCAUGAAAUCAGCAGUACUUAAUUUAUCCUUCAUUCAUAACCUGCUUUGCUCUGUUUGCUGUUUUAUUGUGUAAAGUUCCCAACCUAUAACAAUGUUUAUUUUGUUUAAAGC